CAACCGUCGGUCACAGGUGGAGAACAUGAAAAGCGCCAGGACAUACGACACAGUUGUUGGCAGUGAUUUGUCAGAGCAGAUCAAAGCAGCCACGAAAGACAGCCACACCAGAGCUGAAAACACGCAGCUGAUGCUGAGUUACCAGCGGGGGCAGAUCAACAUGUCCCAGUACAAGGUGCUGCUGUGUUCCCUCUACGAGAUCUACAGGGCACUGGAAGACGAGCUGGACAGGAACUCUUCUCAUCCAGGCGUUGCUCCGAUCUUCUUCCCUCAGGAACUCGCCCGUGUGGAGCCUCUGGAAAGAGAUCUGGAGCAUGUCUUAGGCGCAGACUGGAGGAAGAAGGUGAUCGUUCCUGCGGCCACACACAGAUACGUACAGCGGAUACAUGAGGUUGGCAAGGGGAAGCCGGUGCUGCUGGUGGCCCACGCCUACACCAGGUACCUUGGUGACCUUUCAGGAGGUCAAGUGCUGGGGAAGAUUACCCAGAAAUCUCUUGGCCUGGGCAGCGAUAAGGGCACGGCGUUUUUCUCCUUCCCUGGCGUGACCAGCCCAAACCGAUUCAAACAGCUGUACAGGAGCCGCAUGAACAGCAUCGAGCUGACGGAGGAGGAGAGGGCGGAGAUGCUGGAGGAGGCGACGGCAGCCUUCGAGUUCAACAUCCAGGUUUUUGAUGACUUGCACAAAAUGCUGAGUGUCACAACAGCAACAGAGGACGAAUCGAACAACAAUGUCCCAACUGCGGCGUUCCCGUCUUCACGUAUCAUGCAGCUCACUGUGGGAGUGUGCGUCACACUGGCCACCAUUGGCAUGGGCAUCUACGCCCAGUGACUCUCACCAGCAGCUCUGUAGUUGAUAUGCACCGUCAGCACUUUACUACUUGACUACUGAAAUUUGUGUCUGAUUUAUACUCACAAUCCAAUCACAGAUCAAACAGUGAUGUAGAAUGUGAAAUGUCAUGUAAAUUAACUUUUGUGUCAUCACAGGGAAACUUGAAUCCAAGUGAAAACCUGUGUCAAAUCGGUUAGUGUUCCUUUUGUACUCGGCCUUUAAUUCUCUGAUGCACAACAUGGGCCAAAAGUGAUUAGACUGAGUUUUAAUGUUGUAAAUCUUUGCAAUAAAACAAUUUUUUCAUUCA